AAUAUGUAGUAAUUAAAUCUAUAUAAUAAUUUUUAUAAAUACUACUAUAAGUAACUCAAUAUACCACCAAAUAAAAAAGGUUGAUCUGCGGGAUCUGCGUUCAUUUUAAAAUUUAUACUUUUUUAUUACCAGUUUUAUUGUCACAAUCUUAUUGUUGUUACAUACAAAAAAAUGAUAAUACUAAACGAUACAAUAAUUUUUUAUGAGAAAUUAAUACAAAUUUUCAUUAUAAUCUUAAUAAUAUCAUGGCGAAUUUAUUUAAAAUUACGAAUAAAACAAACAAAUUCCUACACUUAUCUAUUUGGAAAAGUUGUAAUUGUAACAGGGGCAAAUAAAGGUAAACUUUAUUCAGAUUUAAUCAUAAUUUAGUACUAAAUUAUUUCUUUUAAGGAAUCGGCUAUUUUACCGCUUUAGAUUUAGCAAAAAGAGGUGCUAAAGUAAUUUUAGGUUGCAAAAAUGAACAAGGAGCGAUAUUGGCAGUUAAAAAAAUUAUUUACAAAACAAAUAAUAAAAACGUUUCUUACAAAAUUUUAAAUUUAAUGUCGUUUGAAUCAAUACGAAAAUUUGCUAUGGAAAUUGAUCGAAAUGAAGAAAAAAUCGAUGUUUUAAUUAAUAACGCCGGAGUAGCAGGUUUUGGCGAGUAUUUAACCGAGGAUAAUUUACAAAUAACUCUUCAAGUUAACUAUUUCGGACCAUUUCUAUUAACUCGCUUAUUAAUGAGAUCUUUAAAACGAUCGGAAUCAGCUAGAAUUAUAAACGUUGCUUCGCAUAUGGCGAAAUUUGCAAAAAUUCCAAAAUUUCAAAUCGACGCUUAUCCUAAUGAUUUAAUCGACAAUUUCGCAAAAAUUCGUUUGUACGCAAACUCUAAAUUGUGUAUGAUUUAUUUCACAAGUGCGUUAGCGAAAAAAUUGAAAGGAAAUAACAUUACUGUGAAUGCUUUACACCCCGGAGGAGUUCAAACCGAUAUUUUUAAACGAUUACCUUUCCAAAUGUUUAUCAAAUUUAUUACUAAAACUUGGUUUAUGACUGUGGAGGAAGGAUGUAGAACUUCAAUCUAUUUAGCUACGUCUAAUGAAGUUGAAAACGUUUCUGGAAAGAUGUUUGAUAAUUGUACUGAAGUUGAUUUAGAAAAGUAUAUUAAAAAUUGGGAGUUAGAGGAUAUUAUUUGGGAACAAUCUGAAGAAUUAGUUUGUUUAGAUAGAAUGGAAAAAAAUUUGAUUAAUUAAAAGAGAAUUUAAACGAAUGUCGUUGUAUAGAUUACCCAAUUUACUGUUUUUAGUAAACUUUAU